UAUAUAUUAUAAAAUAUGUCUGUCUUCAAAAAACGUAGAUUAACUGCAUGGAACAAGAAAAAAAAUCGACAGGUUCCUGCAGAAUCAGCUCAAGAACCAGAUCCAGCAGAUGCUGCUCAAGAGCCCCAUGAGGCGGAAUAUGAGAUAAUACCGCCCGUACCUUUGAAAGGGGAAGUGCCGACUUUUUUUCAUAUCGGUCGAUGGGCCAAGGAGUGUUUGAUCACCGGAUAUAGGAUCGGGGUGUGGCACAUCGAUUGCACUACCAGAGUUAAAGAAGAGCUGUCCAUGUACAGUUUUGGGUCCGCUAAGCCCGAUUUUGAAACUAUUACGGGUGGCGUGGGAUUCAAGGAGAAGCUUGGACUUCUGACCAUGUCACAGGCUUGGCUGACACAUGAGUUUUUUUCUUCGAUUGGUUUACAGAAAAGAACGGACAGCAUCGGUGGGGAGGCCAUAUUGCGGGCCUUAUACAAUCGGGCAGAAACUGCCUACAAAAUUGACCUCCUAUGUGGCGUUGAGCGUUCGCCUGUCAGGAUAAAAGUGAUCGCGCCCAUUGUCCAUGUAACGAAGAUCAUGGGCUACGCUCUCUGGCAGCCAGCCGAGAAUUUUAUGCUGGCAUAUCGAACGGCUUUUGAUUUUGAGGAGAAAUCAUUUGAAAAACAUGCAUUUGGUGUGGGUUAUAAUAAUAGAUCCACCGAACUCGCUCUUAAAUUUGAGGACUUCCAAGAUUUACGUGGCUCUAUAUUUCAGCGCUUGAGCGAUCAAUGGGCCAUUGCAGUAAAGGCCUCGCUUUCGCAGUGGGAAAACGUGGAGUAUUCAAUUGGAUGCCAGUGCAUGGUCAAAGAUAGCGCACUGAUUAAAGCCAAAAUAACAUCUCAAGGAUAUUUGGCCUUUGUUUACCAGCAAUCCUUCACCGACAGUGUACGGAUUAUGUACCAUUUCGGCUUAUCGCUAGACGAUCCAAUCAAAAGCAACCAUAAAUUUGGUAUUUCGUGGAGUAUCAAUUGUUAAUCAGACAUAGAUAGAGUCUAAUGUUUACAGAAUGUAACUACAAAUCGUUGAUUACAACAGAACAGAGUUGAGUUGAGUAGGUAAAAUAGGUUGUAAUGAAAUGAAAAAUGUUGAAAUUCGUAAAACUGACAAUAAAUAUUA